AUGAGCGGAACUAGAGACAACGUGACAGAUCUGCGGCUGGCGUUGUUCGGGCCAACGCUGGACGACUCAGUGCUGUACGGAAUUGAUCAACUGAUUGGAUGCUUUCAACCACGAGCCACUUCCGACGCACAGUCCUCUGAUGAAGACAGUUUCUACGCAUCCUGUGAAACACUACCGGUAAAGGAGAAGCUACUGCUACCCCACGAACCGAAGCUUUCCUUCGACGAAAUGAAUUAUAUCAUCGACGCGAUUGCCCAUUUCCGGCGAAGAAGUCGAGCCCGCCACGGAGACGGAUCCAGGGCACGACCAAGAAGCACACCCUUGUUACGCCACUCGCGAUGGGCACUCGCGCGAAUCAACGAGUACGAUGACGGAGCGAAGACUUAUGAAGUUAUGAAGGCACUAGACGAGAUACCAAUCCCGCCGAAACCAAAGUCACAGGACACGGAAAUUGUUUUCGCUGUCCUGCAGAAUGGAAACACGCUCACGUACCACAAGCAACGUCAACAACAACAACAACAACAACAACAACAACACAUACACCCGUGUGGCCUCCGCACGCGCCAUCAUCGCUGUUGGGCAGCGUUUUCUUUGGAGGCAGAGAAUUGGCAGCUCUUUUUUGGUCCAGCACUGUACCCACGUGUCGAAUGCGUGUGA